AUGCGCUCGCCAAUCUCGCUUCUCAUCUUGCUCUGCGCAUUUAUGGCUUUGGCAUGUGCUACUGAAGUUCACAUCUCGAAUAACAGAGCUCCCACAUCUCAAUUCGCGACACAUGGUGUUGCUUCCCAAUUGCCUAACCGCGACCGAGACAUUCACGCCCAAGACCGCGUGCGACAAAUCGCCUUAUCGCAAAUGAUCGACUCAAGCGCAAAAGUAUCCAUCCUAGAGACCGCGUCUCUCAAUGUCAAGGCCCUUGCGCAUGGUGGCAUGAGCUUCCUCUUCGGUCUGGCAUCUUCUUCCAACGACGUACUCGAUUACAUCAACAACGGCACCAGCUCUGUAUUUUCACGAUCUGUUACCAGCGAAGAAGGCAGUGGAGCUUCAGGGCGGAAACACGUUGCUUAUACCAGCAUUGCCCUGGUCCUUGUCAUGCUCUUCUUUGCUGUGUGGAUGUGA